AACCUUUUUGCCUCUUAGUACUAUGCCGCGUGACUGAUCCUUGGAGAAGAAUGAGAGAUGGGAGCACAUAUGAGCUAUGACCCCCCCAUCCAGUCCUGUAAGUAUAUAAGGGGCCUGGAAGACUAGAGGACAUUCACACUUGAGGAGUAUCCUCGGAUCCGUCAACGGAAACCUCACCUCCUGACACCAUGUGCUGCAACUACUACGGAAACUCCUGUGGGGGCUGUGGCCUUGGCUGUGGCUCUGGCUGUGGAUAAGGCUCUGGCUGUGGUUAUGGCUCUAGCGGUGGCUAUGGCCAUGGAUACAACUACUACAGAAACUCCUGUGAGACCUGCCGUGGCAGCUCUGGCUGUGGCUCUGCCUAUGGCUGGGGCUAUGGUUCUGGCUGUGGCUAUGGCUGUGGCUCUGGCUCUGGCUGUGGAUGGAAGUCUGGCUGCUGUAGCUACCGACCGGUUUGCUACAGAAUUUGCUACGCCUCUCGCUGUUAAUGACCACGAGAUGAAAAUUUUCCUCGGAAGCCCUCAAGAUCAAGCUGAGUAGAACACCCCUUCAUUUAAACCAAAGCAAGUAUUGAUUACUGACUGCUGGACACCUGGAAUAACCACAAAGCGUCUGACUCCAUUGAGGUAGCCUGAUUAGACCUAUUACAUCACUGAGGACAGAUGUUACUGUUGAAUGUGGCUCUGGCUGUGAAUGUUAUCCUGCUAUAGCUGUGGAUACUCCUAUCGAUGUUGUUGCUAUUGAGUCUUUUGGUAUAGAAUAUGCUUUUAUUCUUGCUGUUAGU